AUGGAGACGCAGAUACAUGUGCCCGUCGGCUCGCCGGUAAUUGCAAAAAUUCCCAUUUUCGUGGACGAGCGCAACGUUACGGAGGGGGCGAUGAAGCUCAUUAAAGAGCUGAGACCGGCGUGGGACCCGUGCGAUGUCAAGACCAAGCUCUUCACUGAUGGAACCACCAACAAGCUGGUGGGCUGCUACGUGAACGGCAGUCCAGAUGACGUAGUCCUGGUCCGAGUAUACGGGAACAAAACAGAGCUGAUUGUGGACCGAGACAAUGAGCUUAAAAGCUUUCAGGUGCUGCAUGCUAAUGGCUGUGCUCCGCGUCUCUACUGCACCUUUCUAAAUGGCAUCUGCUAUGAGUUCAUGCAGGGAGACGCACUUGGGACGCAGGAUGUCAGAGAUCCCACUCUGCUCAGACUGAUAGCCAGGGAAAUGGCUCGAAUCCACGCCAUCCAUGCACACAACGGCUGCAUCCCCAAACCCAACCUCUGGAUCAAGAUGCGGAAAUAUUUCUCGCUUGUUGCCACAGAAUUCACCGAGCAAGCCUCCAACAUCAGAAUCCAGCAGGAGGUUCCCAGUAAGGCAGUGCUAGAGCAGGAGAUGGUUUGGAUGAAGGAGCAUCUUUCCACGCUGGGCUCACCUGUGGUGCUCUGUCACAAUGACCUGCUCUGCAAGAACAUCAUCCACAACAGCAAAGAGGGUCACGUUCGUUUCAUUGACUAUGAAUAUUCCAGCUACAACUACCAGGCCUUUGACAUCGGCAACCACUUCAAUGAAUUUGCAGGCAUGACUGAGCUGGACUAUGGACUGUACCCCAGUCAGGAGAUGCAAAUGGAGUGGCUCAGAGUGUAUCUGCAGGCAUACAAACUCUUCACCAAGAAUACAGAGGAGGUCAGCCAGCGGGAGCUAGAGACACUCUACGUACAGGUCAACAAGUUUGCUCUGGCUUCUCACUUCUUCUGGGGUUUCUGGGCUCUCAUCCAGGCCAAAUACUCCUCCAUCGAUUUUGACUUCCUGGGGUAUGCCGUACUACGUUUCAACCAAUACUUCAAGACCAAACCUGUAGUGAUGGCCCUGCAGAUCCCAGAAUGAGAGGAGACAAAGGAGGCCAGAAGGACGAGGAGAGAAGCCUAGAGGGAGGGUGUAGAAGGUUAAAUGCUGGGACUUCCUCUCCAGUGGGGACUCUUCUCUGUGAGCCAGCUGUUGAUAGACCACUGCUCAGCCUGCCUGGCAUCCUUUUCCUGCAACAAGCGCAAUUACUCUUUGAUUCCUCCAAACUUUAGCUCCACAUACGUCACCACUGUAACCCAAGAAUGACAAAACUUCCAUGUGUGUGUCUGUGUGAGUGUGGUUGUCUGUGUUCCUAAUUUAUCUUGAAAAAUGUCUUGCUUUCCCUCUUAGGGCAGCUCAACCAGGCGUAGAGAAGUCUGUGUUUGGGAUAGGCUGCCAGAUUGAACGUCAGCAGAGGAAGGAGAGAGUUGAGGAGGGCCAGAUGCUGCUAGUUUGUUCUCUACCUGUGGAUUCGUUUAGGCCAGAAACUGAUUACAGGUGCAGCCUGGCGUUUGUCUGUGUGUGAAUGUGUGUAUGGUGAGACUAUUCCUCCUCCUGUCUCUAGAUAUUUUAACACAUUGAGACCUUUUCUUGUUUUUUUUCCCUUCCUCUUUGGUGCUAAGUGCCCGUAGCUUUCUGCACUGAGCUUUCCAGAGAUCACCUCUGGGUGCCUCCUGUUGAGGCACUUUGAGCUUCUUUCACCACAUCUUCGAGUUAUUCACAGCAAACUGCUGCUUCUGCUGCUGCUAGAAAUGUAAAACUUCUGUGUGCCAGUGGGUUUUUUUCCCCUGAAAGGAAGGACCUGCCAGAUGUCAAGUGUGUGGAACAGCAAAUGGAAAAAGGUUUAGGUUGAAUCACUAUUGCGUUAUAGCAAUCAGUGAUGGGGAGUAGUAGCUAUAUGUGCAUGUAUUUACUUGUGUGAAGAUGCUGUGGUUUAUUCAACAUCUCAGGUUAACAACUCUUUUGUUUGGAAUUGGUACUGAGGGAGAAUGAGGGGAUGGAUGGUUAAAAAGAGGAGAACUGUGUGAGUGUGACUGUGUGUGUUUUUGUGUCCUCAAGCUGUUUUUCCGCCUUCUUGACUUUUAUGGUUACAGCGCAUCGCUCUGUUAAAUUUUCCAUUUAAGGUUUCCCAACCUCUUGGAAAAUCACCACCUCUGUCACCCUGUCUGUGCCAUUGCCUCCUCUCCCUUUAUGCCCUUUUAUCCUUGAUCUCCCUCCAGUUCCCAGUUUUGGUCCCCAUCUCCGUUCCUCUGUUGAGGUUCAUGCGUCUGUUCCUCAGGUUGUCAGAGCCCCAUCUCAGCCCCACACUGUAAUCCGCUCCCAUUCAUCCCAGAUUUAGCCAACAUUUCUUACAUAAUCAUAUAUUGCAUAAGUUUUAUUUGGGGUCAAAUCCAGUGUAGCUUUCAAAAAGACAGCGGAGUGAGUUAUCUGAGGCUGUGUGACUAUCACGAGAUCAACUAUUACUUUCACGGGGAAAAGAUCUGAGUCUCCGGAAGAAGGAGAAAUCAUUAACACAGAAAAGUGCUUAAAGCUCAGAAAGCAGGAAUCUUUGAAAUCUGUGCUCACUAAAGUGCGUUCAGUUUUUCCCCUCUGUGAACAGCCAACGUAACAAGUGGACAGACAUUAGCUCUAAGCUAGCUUGCAGUGGACAAGCCAGUCUGCGUGUUUGUGUUCAUCUUAACCUUUGACUGAACACAGAACUCACCAGAAACGUCUCUGUUUAGAGCUGUCACCGUUUUCAAAAGACUGGAUUCAAACUGUUUCAAACUAAUGUGUAAUUUGAAACAUAGACUGCAUAGAAAAGAUGGAUGUAGCCACUCUGGUGUCAGCCAUUGCUUAGCAACACUGAGUCUCAUUUUGAAGCCUUGAGUUGAGACUUUCUGAGACUGUCUGUGAAACUGACCGGCACUGCAAGCUCAUUAGCUCAGUGAUUUGUCAGCCAUAUGGGAAAGCAUACGGUACCAUAGCUCCCUUCUGACUUGACAGGGGACCAUAAUGGACAAAAUAAACAUGUUGUUAUAUUCAGUAAGACUUUAAACAAACUAUUCAGACAAUAAAGUCAUUAAGGAUAGGUUUAUCCUUAAUCUCAUUCCAAUCUCAUUGUACAUCCUGUAUAAUGACAAUAAAGGCAUUCUAUUCUAUUCUAUUCUAUUACUGAGCUCACAAAGCAAGUUUUCCAAACAGAUGGAUGUCUUUUUGCAACCAGAGGCAUCACUCCCUGUUGGGCAUUUGCAGAUGCAGCAGUUCAGUCCAUCUUUUAUAUACAGUCUGUGAUUUUGAACUCAUUUUAAGUUAGAGGAGCAACAGGUGAAAGUGUCCUCUGCUGAACAGCAACACAUCACUGCAGUCCAGUGCAUCUUAACUGACGUUUUAAUUUCCCCAUGCUCACACAAAUGUUAAAAACUUAUUUUCUUUCAAUUCCUUUUGACAGCUUGGUUCACAUUCAUAAAGCUGUGGGAUAAAAUCCAUUCAACACAUGCAGAUACAUUUUUUUUUUCAUCUAUUUGCCAACCUCAGACAAAUUCACACAUUUCCAGUGAUGGGAUUUAAGAACUCUUCUGUCUGAAUUACACUGUGACUGGAGAUGCUGGGCCUUGCUGAGUAACUUGUUGACCUUUGGCCUCAUGCACGAACAACGUAUGCAAAAGUCCUAAAGCUAAAAGCAGCAGGAAGUUAGACAAUUUGUUGCAUUCAAGUAUCCUGAACUGUUGCACUAGUCGUGUUUUAUGAAGUCGCUGUGAGAGCCCAGAGUGCUAGCCUGUGGUGUGGAACCUUUCUCUCCAUCAUUGUUGGCCAAACCUGGCUAAAAGCAGAGCAAACUGGCCCCAGUCUCCAGGUGUUACUUAUGCUCAGCCCGCACCCAUCAGGAGAAACAAGCACUUUAGUUUGGCGACUCCAACUUGAAGCACAUUAAAAGGUUAAAGAAGUGAAGGCUGAGAACACUAAAAUGUUCAUGCUUGAGGCUCGUUGAUAGUUUAAAGGCUUUCAUAUUCAGAUUCGAUCAAAUUUCUUCUUUAUUCAAUUUGCUUCAGUGACAUUUUAUAUGCCGCACAGACUAUUUAACCCCUUCUAGGCUCCAAAGGGGGGACUCUGGCCUUGGUCCUCCACUGCUGGUGUCAUACAACUGACAGGCUUAAUAAUUCACCAGCUGAGCUGCAGAACGUAGAGACUAAUGGAUGUUAAUGGCUUUCAUUCAGGACCUAACCUGAGAGGUGUUUUCUAAAGGGGGUGCUGUUAAUAUCUGAAAUCUUUAAUAGCUCUUAACUUUAUAUAAUUACCUUCUUCUCAGUAUGAAUUAGAACUGAUUUUAAUAUCAUCUAAAACUGAUUGGGUUUAAGUGUUAUUGAUGCAUAUAAUGGCACGUGUUUAGGAGUCUUCUACUCCAGUAAUGAAUUGUAAUGUGUUUUCAGUAGUGUUAUUUUGUGCCACUAACAGUGGAAGAAUCUGCUUAGUACGUUCACAAAUGCCAAGUUGGUGAAUUUGCUGCUUGAACGCACAAUUCUAAAACCCAGGGAGGAAUCCAGCCUGGAUAAGAGGCCAUUUGCACUCCACAAGCACUGAGUGAAUUUCUCCACUCCCUUCACAGAGGAUACUGGCACGGUCUGCUGACAGCUUUUCGAAGGGAAGGCAUUUUAGGUUCCUCUAAAACUGUAUCUUACACCCUAACAGAAGCUAAAUGUAAAUGACUAUAAAACACAUUCCAACACAUCAGUGCACUUGCUGCUGUUUGGAUCUUUUGUCACCUUACCUACUGUGGUGUUUCACACACACACACACACACACACACACACACACACACACACACACACACACACACACACACACACACACACACACAGCAUUAUCAAAGCACUGAGACAAUAUUUGGUGAUCUUCUCUGUGAGAACCACUGACACAAAAUAUCAUCUCAUCCCUUUAGAAUUAAAAGGUUCUAUCUGACAUUUUUGACGAAAUUGACUUAUUGUCAUAUUCUUAUUCGUUGACUGCUAAAUCAACAAUAUAUAUGAGAUUUUUUCAAUUAUAUACAACUUUGGCCAUUUUAUUCACAAAACAAAAAGGUUGUAUCUGCAAAAUCAAGCUUUAACUUGGUUUUAUAACGUUCAGUUAUUUAGUAUCUCAAAACUGGUCAGAAUGCAGAUAGAACCUUAUAAUUCUAAGGGGACAAUCUGUUGAAGAUGCCGUCCUGGAUUCCACGUGGUUCCCUCGAUUAAAAAUCAGCUGUGACUAAUCAAAUCAUCGAUGACCGGUCUUUGAAUAGUAGCUUAAUACCAGGCAGAGGUUGAGUACUGUAUUCAUCCACAUGCAGCACAGUGAGAGGACAUACCAUGAUCAGUCAGGUUUCCUUACUAAACCAUCCUAUAUGACUUUUAAGUGUUUGACAACAGUCACAACUUAAAGGCAACUUGACUUUUUUCUGGAUCUUUGGACUUCAUUACAGAUGAAAACCUUUUCUCAAACACUUGGAAAGAUCUUAAUUAAUGUGAAUAGCCUCUUUCUUGCUCAUAUAUCUGUACCUAAAAACAUAAAUGGUUAAACAAGUUACUGUUUCACUGAGAAUGUAGUUUGACAUCUUGGCUCAAUUUGAACAUUGUUUUCAUAACAUUGUAAAACAAAAUGGGACCCAAAAAAAAAAAACUGCUAAACUGCUGACCCUUUGCUGUUAACUUCCUCCAUGCAGGGUCACCUCUCCUGCUUGGGACUGAUGCACUGCUGCUGAUGCAUGCCAUAGUAAACGCAGAACUACACAAUAUAUUUGAAUAUUGGACCAGUUGUUUGGCCUAUUGUGAGGUGGGAGCGGGCGAAUAUUCUACCAAAGUUCAUUGCAUCGUUAUUCACAGUGCACACUGGCUAAGGUGACAACUAUCCAAACAGAGAAUGAGCUGGGAUCUGUGCCCCACUUACAGACAAAUGGAUCCAUUUGAUGUGUUUUUGUGUCGACUGCUGAGAUCUCAGACAGGCUGUCUGAAUUUGCUGUUCCACACUGGCCAUCGAAACAGUUCACUGACAGAUUAACACCUAUUAAGGUGAUUUCAAAGCAGUUUAUUUAUUGUGUGAGUCUAACAUUGCAUUCCCCACCUUCUUUUUGUUGUACCAAAAUGGUUAGCUUCAGAGAGUUUGCACUGCAUUCCAUUUGAGAUUAACUAUUUUUGUGUGUGAACUUAAUUAUACAAAACACUGUACAGAAAACUGAUUAUUUUUUUCUUUGUAUGCUGAUAUUUACUUUUUGUAAGUGCUUUGACUUUAAAGGUAGAGCGCCGUGUAAAGGGACGCAGCGCUUGGUUUGCAGUUGCAAUGUUGUAAGUGUACUCAUCCAUUGCUAAAGAAGAUGCUGAGGCAGAGAUGUGGGGGGAUGUAAAUACUGUAAGAAAUACUGUGAAAAGCUUACUGUACAGUGAUCCUUCACACCUCUGUAGGAGUGGCAAGAAUUAUUUAACUGUUAGUAAAUAUUUCCAAUAAAAAGGAUGAAAUGGUAUUAAAA